AUGGACGCCCUAAGCCCUAUUGCCCAUCCCCUAGCCGACAAGAAAUUGAGCAAGCGAGUAUUGAGAACAGUCAAGAAAGGUUCUAAACAAAGGGCAAUUAAGAGAGGCGUCAAGGAAGUGGUCAAAGCCUUGAGAAAGGGCGAGAAAGGGUUGGUUGUGAUGGCUGGAGAUAUUUCACCAAUGGACGUUCUAACACACAUUCCUUUGCUCGCGGAGGAGAAUGGAUCUGGAUACAUCUUUGUGCCCACCAAGGAAUCGCUUGGGGCAGCUUCCUCUACAAAACGGCCAACUAGCUGCGUGAUGAUUUCCACGUCCCGAGGCGGCAGCAAAGCCAUGCAAGAAAAAUUUGCUGCAAAGAAAAAGGCACUGAUUGAAGCAGAUCCAUCGAAAGCCGCGAAAAUUCAAGCUGAUGAAGAUGAAUAUACCACCUCUUUCGAAGCUGUCCUUGGCGAAGUCCUACAACUUAACGAAAAAAUCUCUUUUUAA